AUGGAUGUAAAUGGCCCCAAGUACUGGGAGCCCAACAGGUCCUUUGAUCUGAACUCUCACCCAACCUCGAUAAACAAGAAUUUGCUACAAGAGCCCUGUGGCUUGGUUGCUAACAAGAUACCAUCAAAGAUGUAUGGCAUUGUCAUUCACGUGGGUACUGGCAUGUGUAAGAUAGGCUUUGCUGAACAGACUCAACCCACCUACAUUGUGGCCAACGUUGUGGGCUGCCAUUCCAAAAAAUAAGCCACCAUGGGGCAGUCCAAAGUGCAAACGUUCAUUGCUGAGGCAGUCCAUGCUUGCCCAGAGUUAACUCUGAUGCAACUGGUUUGUAAUAUGAUUGUGAUGGACUGGGAAGCUGCUGAUCUCAUCUGUCGCCACAUACUGGAAAAUGACCUCCAAGUGGCCACCCAGGACCAUCCUCUGCUGUUCACCGAUCCACCCUUCUACCCUGCCUACAACAGUGAGAAGCUGGUGGAAGUAGCUUUCCAGCCUCUGCACUCCCCUGCCAUGUAUGUUGCCUCCCAAUCUGUGCUGUCAGUCUAUGCUAACGGGUGCAUUAAUGGGCUGGUGGCAGACACUGGCCACGGGGUCAGCUACACAGUUCCAGUCUUUCAAGGCUACAAUCUACCCAAUGGCAUCCAGCGCCUGGACCUAGCUGGCCACUACUUGACUACCUUCUUGGCAGAGAAAAUCUUGAGAUCUGGCUUCCCGCUUAAGAAGGAAGACACGGACAUUGUGGAGAGCAUCAAGGACCAAUUCUGCUAUGUGGCCUCAGAUUUCCAGAAGGAGCAAGGACGCCCUGCUGCCAAAUUCCAGCGAUGCCUGAAGCUGCCAGAUGAACAGAUGAUCACAGUGGGGAAGGAACUCUUCCAGUGUCCUGAGCUAUUAUUCUAUCCCCCAGAGACCUCGGGACCUUCAUCCUUGGGCCUCCCCAGCAUGGUGGAACAGAGCCUCUGUUCCGUGCCGCAAGAGUUGCAGGCCGACAUGGAACAAAAUGUGCUGUUGUGCGGAGGCUCCUCUCUGUUCCCUGGAUUUGAAAGUCGUUUCAAGGCUGAGCUGCAGCGCUGUCUUCGUCCAGAGGCCCACGUGGUUGUGGCUGCCCAGCCAAAUAGGAACCUCUCGGUGUGGAUUGGGGGGUCUAUUCUGGCCUCGUUGUGUGCUUUCCAGUCCCGCUGGCUCCUGAGGGAGCAGUAUGACGAACAAGGUCCCGACAUAGUGCACCGCAAGUGCUCUUGA